UUCUCUGUUUCUCUUUCUUCUUACCUUAUAUCUAUCCAAACAGGGCACCAAAAUUAUUAGUGUGACAUACAGAUCAAAGGCCAGAAAAAGUGAGACAUCAAGAUGGCUCUUGCCAAAGCUAAGGAGAUCGUGUCGUCCAAUCCCGUCGUCGUUUUCAGCAAAACCUAUUGCUCUUUCUGCGUCAGAGUGAAGCAACUCUUCGCUAGCCUUGGUGUCACUUACAAGCUCCUCGAGUUGGACGUUGAAUCUGAUGGAGCGGAUAUCCAAGCAGCAUUACUUGAGUGGACUGGUCAGCGAACCGUGCCUAAUGUUUUCAUUGGUGGAAAACACAUUGGUGGCUGUGACAACACAACUGAUCUGCACAAUCAGGGUAAGCUGGUGCCUCUGCUGACAUCAGCUGGAGCUAUUACCAAAUCAACUGCUUAAAGGAGCUCGAUUCCUUGUUUAGGUAGUUAAUUAGCAUAAUAAAAAUCCACCCACAUGUAUGGGUUGGAUACUAUUGUAGUCCUUGAAGUUAUUGUGUUUAUUCCUGUGUGAUUCUCCUUAAACUACCCUUUCCGAAUCUUUGUUGCUAUGUGAAAAAAGGAACUUAAGUUGCACCAUAUAAAUAAGUCUACUUAUGCAAGGUGCAAGGCUUGGUCUGUAGCAGUGUUUGUGCAGUGUUAUUGCAUGCGGUUAUAUGAAAAGGUAAGUUAUAUCA